AUGUCUGAACCUUCGGAAGAGCAGAAGAGAGAGAUUUAUGAGGGGUUGUCAGCCGAGCAGAAGCAGAAGCAAUCAUAUACGGAAUGGGUGAAGGACGCGUACAACAACCAAUAUGAAAAGUGGAUGCCAUGGAUUGAGGACAAAUAUCUGGAGUGGUUCGGCAAAGACAACAAGGCGUCGUUUGUGACCAAAGACACACUGAACAAGACGAAAAUCACCGGCAUCGACCAGGUUGACCAAUUGCAAGGUGAUGUGAACAACUUAGUGGGCAACCAGGUUGGCAAAGGCGGGCUACUCAAUCCUGUCGGCAAUCUAGCGUCAAAAGAAGGUAUAAAUCGAGCGGAAAGAGGCGGUAAGGAUGAUAAAGGAAGCUAUGGUGGCCCGGCUGCUGGGCUUACUGAUCCUAUGAUCAAAAAUACCAAGGGCGCAGGGGAGGGAAUUGCUGCUGGAGCACAAUCUGCUGGAAGUACUGUGAGCGAGGGCGCAAAGAGUGCAGGUGGUUAUCUCGGAGGCAUGUUCGGUGGUGGAAAGAAAUAA